GUACAUUGAAAAUCCCGAUGACUUGUACUUAAAACGUUUUCAAAGGGCUUUAUGAUAUAGUGAAAUAGUUUCUGUUGGAUAUGUAUAAUAAAAUAGUAAAUUCUCUUUUCAAGCGAUGCCAUACUAUAUACAAUCAAAACUUGGGAUUAAAGAAACUACAAAAUUGUGCGUUCAAUACUUUUGGUGUGGAUUUAAAGAUGCUUUUGCUUGGCCUUCAAGUCUGAUCACUAUAUACGGGUCAGAAACGAUCCGAAAUCGCACACGAAAUUGUUUUAUUUUAAAUGGACUUAUCUUUUUAGGCAGCAUAUUUUUUUUUAACCACAUUACAAUACCUACUUUACACUUCUUUUUUGGAAAAACUUUUUUUAUCUCGUUAAACCAAAGAAACAACAGCGGCGAUGUUAUACAUUCACCAUUUCUAACAAAUAUAUUAGAUACUAUUAUAGCAUUAACAUAUCAACUUUUUUGGGUAUAUCCGAUUUUUCUACUUAGUUUCGUGUUAAACGCUGUAUGGUAUCAAGAAAUAGCGGAUCGUGCUUAUCAACUACAAUUCGGACAACCAGUAAAUUCACAUUUUACAUAUAAUCGAAUGCUUCGGCUUAUGGCUGAUGAAAUAUAUCGAGCGAUUUUAUUUAUGAAUUAUUUGGUUUUUGCUACAAUAAUACAUAUUAUACCUUUUAUUGGACCAAUUAUUUCUUUCAUAUCCUUUUGCUGGAUCUACGCUUAUUAUAGCUUUGAAUACAAAUGGAUAAAUAAGGGGUGGAAGUUGGAAAAACGAAUCGAAUAUUUUGAAGAAAGGUGGGCUUACUUUGCUGGAUUCGGGUUCACUUUUACGGUGAUAACAUUUUUUGUUGAUCAAUUUUUAAGUGCAGGCGUAUUUGCACUCUUUUUUCCACUUUACAUAAUCAUGGCUAACAAUGCACUUCCAAUGCCGAGACAAAAUGAACGAACGCGAUUUUCGUCAUUCAUUCCUUAUAGAUUACCAGUGUUUUGGAAAAAAAGAAUAAAAACAUUAAUGAAUAGGGAAUAUCUUUUAUCAUUAGACUUUUAUCAAUUUGUAUUAAAAUUAAUAUAUAAUUUGUGACUUUACAUUAGUCAAACUACAAUGAUGAGAAAAAAAAGAUAGUUUAGAUUAGAUUAAUAAUGAUAAAGUGAAUAAAACAUUUCGAAUUUUUUCUCUUACUUGAGAUAAAUAUGAUUCAG